AUGAACGGCUACGGGGCCUCCAAACUACCCCGCCGGAGUUCGUCGGGUACUGAUAGCAAGAUCACGCUGGAUGGGUACAGGAGAGAUGCGCCCAACCUGUUCGACAAGGCCACGCCUCAGUACGCCCUUGCGAACCCGAAUCUGGGGCAGAAAUCAGGCGUCGUCGACCUCAAAGACCCUAUACAGAUCCACCUUCUCACCGAGACGGCGCUCUCCGACAGCAAGGGCUUCGAGGUCCUGACGCAGGAAGACGUCGAUGAGCUGAAGAAGGAGUCCCAGCUCCUCCUGCAAAGAGUCGAGUCGACGAAGAAAAACCUGGCCAUCCAAUCGAAAUACCGCGAUGCCGCCGUCUCCAUGUUCAAGCUGUCGCGGCCGGGCGACGCCAACUCGAUCGAGGCCGAAAAGGAGAUGGCGUCGUGCGAACGGAAGUGCGAGGGACUGGCGGCCGAAUUGUUCAACUUGGAGAAGCGACUGAUGAUUCCUCAACGGCGACUUCUCGAGCACACCGCCGGCGUCCUUCAGCUCACCCACAAGGCGUCGAGGAAGAAAGGCCAAGGCUUGGAUGGCCAGCCCAUCCAAGGCAUCCCCGGCAGCCCCGAGAGCCUCUACACCUACACGCAGAGCAGAAACAGCCUCGAGCAGGCGUCGGACGAAAACUACGCCGACGACCCGAGCCUGUAUCAGUUGGAGUCCCUCGACGGCGUUCAGGCGAGGGCCCAAGCGAGGAAGAACCCGAUCGAGAUACCGAUGAAGUCGCCCAUCCGGGAGCAGAACCAGUUGCGCGGAGAAGUCGACCGCGUGCGGGAAGAAAACAUGCAGCUGCGGGGCCAAACGGACAUGCUCAUCAAGAAACUCCAAGGCUUGAACACGCAUCUUCGCGAGACCAUCGUCAAGUUCAACCCGGAAGUCAACAAGGCGUACCUGGAUCCGCCUGCCGUCACGGCGGCGCAGGAUGACAGGCUUGCCGAGCUGCUGAAGAGCCAAGUGGAAUACCUCGAAAGCGGCUUGGUCGCCGUUCAGGCGGAGCAGGACUCCUUCGCCGGGGGCAGGGAGGUUGGGGAGAGAAUAUACUCGUUGAACCUGCAACUGAGGGACCUGCUGAUGCAUUCGGACCCCCACUACACGCCGGAGCCGAUUCCUCCGGAAAACGAGAUGCAGCGUCAGUUCGGCUACCUCGAGGACUCGCUCCGCCUCGCCGGCUCACGGCUCGGAGGGCCGUCGAAGGGCGACGGUGCCGAGACGGGCCCGGUGCUCACGGACCUCUGGAACAGCAUACAGAACGGCUUCAAGGAGACCAAGAGGCGCAAGGACGAGCGCCGGAGAACGCGGGGCGACAAGGGGGCGUCGGACGAGGAUGACAUGUCCGAGGACGAGGCGUUCAACACGACCGAGUCCUACUCCAUCUCCUCCUUCGCCACGAGGGUGCAAUGGUUGCAGUCGCAAGCGUCGACGCUCAAGGACCAGAAAUACGUGCUCAAGCGGCAGAUAAAGCAGCAGCGCGAACUGAACAACAAAUCCGACGCCGAGAAGGACGUGGAGCUCGACCGGCUCCGGGAGGAAACGGACCAAUGCCGGCAGCGGUUGGCCAAGGCCGAGAGCGAAUCGACCGAGGCCCAGACGAUGCUGUCCAAGGCGCGACAGGACCUCGAGAGGUCCAGAGGCGCCGCCAGCGCGACGGAGAGCAUGCAGACGCAGCUGCAAGAUCGCGAUGCAAAGAUCAACACCCUCGAGACGAAGCUUCGCGACGCCCAGAGCAGCCUCGCGGCGGCCGAGAGCCAGAGCGGCGGUUCGGGCGAGAAGCUCACGAAGCUGGAGACGGAAAUCACCGGCCUGCGACGGCAGAAGACGGCGGCGGAGGAGAAUGCCCGAAAUUUAGGCAAAGAAUUGGGGGAGAAGACGGUGAAGCUGGAGGCGAGCGCCAAGGCGAUCAAGGGCAAGGAGGACGAGAUGGACCUCCUCAAGAUGACGCUGGCCGAGCUGAAAACCGAGGCGACCAUCGCCAAGGCCGAGCUGGACGGCGCAUAUGGAACGCGUGCAGAGCGGGCGGCCGACGUCGCCGCGGUCAAGAACGGCGGCGACAUCGUCAAACUGCAGAACCAGGUGGAGAGGCUCAAGAAGGAGCUCGGCGAGACGGUCGGCGAGCUCGAAGGCAUCACCAAGGAAACCAUCGGGGCCGAGCGCGAGAAGCUCGACCUCGAGACGAAGCUCGACGAGGCGCUGAUGGCCAAGGCCGCGCUCGAGGUCGAUGUGGGCAAGUCGAGCGAGAGGGUGGCCAAACUGCAGGAGGAGCUGGACAGCAUGCGGCUGAAGGCCUCCCCCGGAGGGGUCCGCGGCGCCGGCGCGUCGAUGCUCAGCGAGCAGUUCAGGGCGACGAUGAGGGAGGAGCGCAAGAAGUUUCAGGAGGACCUGAGGGAGGAGCGCACCAAGUGCCGCAGGCUGGAAGACGAGCUCAGCCGACUGAAGCGAGGGCAGGGGCCGGGAAAAAGCCCGCUGAGCCCUCGAUGA